AUGACCUCUUCUCGAGCCGCGCUGCCCCUCUCUGGGCUCAAGGUGGUGGAGUUUGCGGGCUUAGCGCCCGGUCCGAUGGUCGGUCUGAUCCUAGCUGAUUUCGGUGCCACAGUGAUCCGAAUCGACAAGGUGAAUGCCUCUUUCAAUCCCGAUUCCCUCGUUCGCGGCAAGAAGAGCGUAGCUUUGGAUCCCAAGAACGAACAGGGUCUGCGCGUGAUCAGAAGAUUGUUGAGCCAGACGGAUGUGGUGGUGGAUCCUUUUAGACCCGGAGUGCUGGAGAGGUUGGGCUUGGGACCGGAAGAUGUGAGGCAGGGAAGAGAGGCAUGUGGCGCGAAUGAAGGCUGCGUAUUUGCCAGAUUGACUGGCUUUCAGAGGCAAGGUGAGCAAGCAAGCAAGCAAGCAAGCGAUGUGCGUGAGCGUGGGCGUGCGUGCGUGGGCGCAAGCGACGCUUCAUUCAGCCCGCGGUGUACGCACGCGCGAUGCAGCCCAGGCUGAGACAUGUCUCAUCGUCGCUGCGGCUCCCCUCUACUUGAACAGGCCCGUACGCGAGCAUGGCAGGUCACGACAUCAAGUAAGUCGCAGUCUGACACGAGUGCGUUGACAAAGGGCGGGCGGGCGGCGGCCGACGCGCACAAUCUGAACAUUCACGCUUAUCACUGCUGCGCUGCGCUGCAGCUACAUUGCGCUCUCCGGUCUGCUGUCGGUGAGUUCUGACGCGCUCUGCAGCGUCGUAAAAGGCUGCCCCACUCUGACUGAUUCCUCACCCGCUUGCGAAUCAGAUGCUGGGCAACGAAGCUGGCGGUGCGCCCUCUUUCCCCGCUAAUCUAUUGGGCGACUUUGCCGGCGGUUCGCUGAUCUGCGUUCUGGGCAUCCUGCUCGCGCUGCUAGAGCGCUCCAAAUCUGGCAAGGGCCAAGUGGUGGAGUCGGACAUGGUGACGGGAGCUCGAUAUCUGAGCUCCUUUUUGCUCAUCAGCAGUUAUCUGAGUCACCCAGAGUGGGGAAGCGUGGCGGCAGAUGGAACAGAGGGCAGCAGAGGGACGGGGGCAUUGACGGGUGGAGCUCCGUGGUACGCCGUGUACAAGUGCAGAGAUGGGAAAUGGUUUAGCGUGUGAGUGAUGCGCUCUCGUCUUGAAUGCAACAAUCCUGUCCGCUUCCAAAAGUUGCCCGCUCAUGCUGCCCACUCAUCUUACGGUCUCCCUCCCCCUCUGCCAAUGUACAGCGGAGCAAUCGAGCCUCCUUUUUACGCAGAGCUGCUUCGCAUUCUAAAAGAGUCGACGCCGAGCGCUCCAACGCGCGAGGGUCAUCCCUCCGUCUCGACGCAAAAUGAUCGAACGACCUGGCCCUCACUUCGAGCAUACUUCACCAGCGUCUUUUCGACGCAGACGCGGGAGUAUUGGACCUCUAAAUUUCUCGGUACCGAUGCUUGCGCCGUGCCGGUCUUGACGCGCGACGAGUCGCUGUCUGCUGUUCAGCCCGUCGUAGCUGCAGAAAUAGCCGUGUCGGGCGAACCGGUGGUGCCUCAGCCCGCUCCUCGUCUGAGCCGCACACCAGCCAUCGCGCCCAAAGGAUCGGAGCAUAAUGUGCAGGACGAAUCGCCGGAACUUUUGCUUCAGCCAGGUGAACAUACCGCCAGCGUGCUUAGGGAAUGGAUAGGUGUGGAUGCGGCAGAAUUUGAGAGGCUAGUAGAGUGCGGCGCGGCCUCGGGUGAGCCGGAGGAAGAGGAGGAGCGGCAGCAGCAGCAGCAGCAGCAGCAGCAGCAAGUCAAAGCGAAGUUGUAGCAAUAAGGCUGCGCAGGGCAAUCUUCAUGCAAAAGUUCAAUUCCCCCUUCCCACUUGAUCUUCUUGAGCUCCUUUCUUCCUGAAUAUGAUCCCAGUCGAUCUUCAUGGCGCCUUGUCGCUGGCGCACGACACGUUUCUGGUGGCGGAGAGCGGGGGCGCAGUGAGAAGGGACAAGCGCGCGCCCACAUAA